AUGAUUUUUGAUUUUGAUUAAGAAGCUAUCUCAUAAAGAAAAAAUAAACUCUAGAUCUUGUUAAAUAAUAAUAAUAAGAAGAAGAGAUUUUAAUGUUAUCAUUAACAUGAAAUUGUGAAAUAAGUAUUUGAGUAGCCCUAAAGAAUUUUUUCAUUUUCUCGAUCUAUAAGACAUUUUCAAGAGAUUAUGUCUAAAACAGGAUCUAUAAGUUUGAAUAAAAAAGCAAUAACCUUAUUUUUAAAAAGAGAUGAAAACUCUGAAAAAAAGCCACUUGAUGAGAUUUUGAAAGUCACAAACUCAAAAUUUGUAUAGACAGAUAGUCUGAUGUUAGAUGAGUAUGGAUUCAAAACAGAGCGAAAUCAAUUAUAUAGAUAGGAAUCCCCUUAUAUAAAAUCAAGAAAAUUCAGUUAGCAUCUAAAUAUAAGAGAUAAAAUUCCAAAAAAGGCUUAUAUUUAACAUUCAAUUGAAAGUUAAGUUGUUUAAAAAAAAAAUAGAAGUUUAAAAAAGAAUACUUUUCAAAAUGAAGUUUUAUAACAAAAAGUGAAUUAAAAUACAGGAAAUAAAGAAUAGGAGCAACUAAGUAAAAGUAGAUAAAAAUAAAUUGAUCUUUAUUCUAAUGAUAAUAUAUUUACAACAAUAACGAAUAGAUAUUGA